AUGACACCUGGAGAACUAGCCCUUGCUAGUGGCAACCACACCUCAGUUACCAAAUUCAUCUUGUUGGGAUUCUCCAAUUAUCCAGACCUCCAAGAGCUUCUCUUUGGAGCCUUCCUGCUCAUCUACACCAUGACACUGGUGGGCAACCUGGGAAUGAUGGCGCUGAUCUGCACAGACUCCCGCCUCCAUAGCCCCAUGUACUUCUUCCUUAGCAUCCUCUCUUUUCUUGAUAUUUGCUACUCUUCUGUGGUCACACCCAAGCUCUUGGUCAACUUUCUGACCUCUGACAAGUCCAUCUCUUUCAAGGGCUGUGUAGUCCAGCUGACCUUCUUUGUGGUGCAUGUGACAGCUGAGAGCUUCCUACUGGCCUCCAUGGCCUACGACCGCUUCAUGGCCAUCUGCCGACCCCUCCAUUAUGGUUCUAUCAUGACCAAGGGGACCUGUCUCCAGCUGGUGAUUGUAUCCUAUGCAUUUGGUGGAGCCAACUCUGCUAUCCAGACUGGGAAUGUCUUUGCUCUGCCUUUCUGUGGACCUAACCAGGUAACGCACUACUUCUGUGACAUCCCACCCCUUCUCCGCCUGGCUUGUGCCAACACAGCCACAGCAGGAGUGGUCCUCUACAUCUUCUCUGCUCUGGUUACCCUUCUGCCUGCUGCAGUCAUCCUCACCUCCUACAGCUUGGUUUUGGUGGCCAUUGGGAGGAUGCGCUCGGCAGCUGGACGGGAGAAGGCUCUUUCCACGUGUGCCUCCCACUUCUUGGCCAUUGCCAUUUUCUACGGCACCGUGGUUUUCACCUAUGUCCAGCCCCAUGGAUCCUCUAAUGAUACCAAUGGCCAAAUAGUGUCAAUCUUCUACACCAUCAUAAUUCCCAUGCUCAACCCUUUCAUCUAUAGCCUCCGCAACAAGGAGGUAAAAGAUGCUCUGCACAGGAAACUCCAGGUCAACAUCUUUCCCUGCUGA